AUGUUAAGUGAUUCGUCUUCAUCUAUGUUAAGUGAUUCGUCUUCAUCUAUGUUAAGUGAUUCAUCUUCAUCUAUGUUAAGUGAUUCAUCUUCAUCUAUGUUAAGUGAUUCAUCUUCAUCUAUGUUAAGUGAUUCAUCUUCAUCUAUGUUAAGUGAUUCAUCUUCAUCUAUGUUAAGUGAUUCAUCUUCAUCUAUGUUAAGUGAUUCAUCUUCAUCUAUGUUAAGUGAUUCAUCUUCAUCUAUGUUAAGUGAUUCAUCUUCAUCUAUGUUAAGUGAUUCAUCUUCAUCUAUGUUAAGUGAUUCAUCUUCAUCUAUGUUAAGUGAUUCAUCUUCAUCUAUGUUAAGUGAUUCAUCUUCAUCUAUGUUAAGUGAUUCAUCUUCAUCUAUGUUAAGUGAUUCAUCUUCAUCUAUGUUAAGUGAUUCAUCUUCAUCUAUGUUAAGUGAUUCAUCUUCAUCUAUGUUAAGUGAUUCAUCUUCAUCUAUGUUGAGUGAUUCAUCUUCAUCUAUGUUAAGUGAUUCAUCUUCAUCUAUGUUAAGUGAUUCAUCUUCAUCUAUGUUAAGUGAUUCAUCUUCAUCUAUGUUAAGUGAUUCAUCUUCAACAUUUAAUUUCAAAAUAUUUAAUGAAAAUCAGCAUACAUCGCUUCAUUAUGUUUUUAAAGCAGUCAAUAAAUAA